GCCCCCAGGCCGUUCUGCGCACGCGCGGGGGCCAUAUUGGCAGCGGAUCCUCCGGCGGCGGCGGUGGGUUUCCUCUCGCGGCUGGAGCGCUGUCUGCGUGUGGAUCUCCAUUCUUCAGUGUCUUCCCUCCGGAAUUAUAUAAAGUUUAGAUAACAUGUCUCGAAGAUAUGACUCAAGGACCACUAUAUUUUCUCCAGAAGGUCGCCUGUACCAAGUGGAAUAUGCCAUGGAAGCUAUUGGACACGCAGGCACCUGUCUGGGGAUUUUAGCAAACGACGGUGUUUUACUUGCGGCAGAGAGACGCAACAUCCACAAGCUUCUCGAUGAAGUCUUUUUCUCUGAGAAAAUUUAUAAGCUCAACGAGGACAUGGCUUGCAGUGUGGCAGGAAUAACUUCAGAUGCUAAUGUUCUGACUAAUGAACUGAGGCUCAUUGCUCAAAGGUAUUUAUUACAGUAUCAGGAGCCAAUUCCUUGUGAGCAGCUGGUGACAGCAUUGUGUGAUAUCAAACAAGCUUAUACACAAUUUGGAGGAAAACGUCCCUUUGGUGUUUCCUUGCUGUACAUUGGCUGGGAUAAGCACUAUGGCUUUCAACUGUAUCAGAGUGACCCUAGUGGAAAUUACGGAGGAUGGAAAGCCACGUGCAUUGGGAAUAACAGUGCUGCAGCUGUGUCAAUGUUAAAACAAGACUACAAAGAAGGAGAAAUGACUUUGAAGUCAGCACUUGCUCUUGCUAUCAAAGUUCUAAAUAAGACCAUGGAUGUUAGUAAAUUGUCUGCUGAAAAAGUGGAAAUUGCCACACUGACAAGAGAGAAUGGAAAGACAGUCAUCAGAGUCCUCAAACAAAAGGAGGUGGAACAGUUGAUCAAAAAACAUGAGGAAGAAGAAGCUAAAGCUGAGCGGGAGAAGAAAGAAAAAGAACAAAAAGAAAAGGAUAAAUAGAAGAGAAAAUCGAAAUUUUAUAACUCACUGGGGCACCAUUUCAGUGUAAAAGCUGUCCUACUCUUCCACGCUGAGACAACUUUGACUUUUUUUUAAAACUUUGAUAGUGGGAAAUUAGGACAUUAUAAACUGAAUUGGGCUCCUGUUUCUGUUCAGUUGAAUAUUACAAUGCUGAUUACUGUUUAUGGACAUCUUACAAUCCCAUUUUUUGUUUGUUUUUUGAAUAAAAUUUGGAAAGAAUGAA